AACGAUAAACACGCGGUGAUUGGCUGGGAACCAACAUCGAGUUCGACUUCCUCCAAUCAACGGGCAAUGCGCUGAGUUUUUACAACACCACGUGACUUUGGCGUGUACGUCGCCGAGGACGUGUGUGUACGAACACACAAACCUGUGACGAACAGCACAAAGCCACAACAUGGUUUGUAGACUAAAACUACGAAAACGCCGGUAAACGCAACAUUUGGCGUUUGUUUCUACAAUUACACCAGAUUAUGGCGGCGUUUGUCGCUCAUCCAUCAGUGCGGGUCAGAGCUACAGAACACUCCUACGUACCCGUGCUGUGCCAGGACGACAAGUGUGCUGGGCGUGAGAAAGGAAUGCACAUGCACUGUCCGCUGUGUACAGUAGCCGAGGCGUACCAGGACCCCGUUAUACUCCGUGCCCACUUCCGCAUCAAACACGUUGACAAGAGCAUCGACUUUGCUGGCUUGAAAGUGUUGCGCUGCUGUAACCACUGUGAGAUCGUGGGCACCAUUAAAGGCGAGAAGAGGUUUAAAGGAGCACACUGGCACUGCUACCGCUGUAGGAAUGGCUUUAACAGGAGGGACGAGGCUGUCAAGCACUACAAGACGCACUUCAGAAACCCACACACCACAUUCCAAAUCCAGGUUACACAGGAUGUGAAUUGCAGGCAGUACUAUAAUGGCAACCCGGAGGCUAAUGCUAAAGCAUACAGUGGGCUAGCUGUGAGUUUGGGAACUGGAGGUGAUGCCACAGCUGUCAGCUCAGUCAUCACACCACCAGUCCUCACCACCGGCUCGGUCACUGAGACUGCCACCUUACUCACUGUUGAGCCUAAGGAAGAUGGUGAGAGUAAUGUCAUGCCACUGGGUGCUGAAGAGGAGGUGGGCUCUUCCCAACAUGCAUCAGCACGAACCCAGACUCUAGUUUUAAUGGACCCUGAUGGAAACACGGGCAACUUGAUCUAUGAUGAAACAACGGGCAUCAUUACUGAACAGACCGAGGAGAGUUUGGACCUGCAGAAACAUCUACUGGAGCUCAAUGAACAGAUAGACAUAUUACGACAAGAGAAAGAGAGUGUAGAGAAGAGUCUACGGUCCGAAAUUAAGCAGCUGAAAGAGCAGGUGUGUUUGAGUGACGAGGUGAAUGUUUUCACACUUUGUUCUUGUUCCAGUUGGUAGCACUUGUUCUAAGGUAGGGGUGGGCAGUCUUAUCCGGAAAGGACCGGUGUGGUGUGGGGGCAGGUUUUCAUUCCAACCAAGCAGAAGCCGCACCUGAAUCUAUUGAAAGCCAAGAUCAACUGAUUAAACAGGUGGAAUCAGGUGUGCCUCCUGCUUGGUUGGAAUGAAAACCUGCACCCACACCGGCCCUUUCCGGAUAAGAUUGCCCACCCCUGUUCUAAGGACAUCUCAAGUCAGGGUUUGUUU